AUGAGUUCAGGUUUUGAUCAAUCUUUCCUACGCAAUGAAGACGAUCUCAAGCAUCUGACGUCGUUGGAGAUUCUGAAAUGUGCUACAAAAAUCCUGAAGAGUAACACCAUGUUCAUGGUCUUAACUAUUAUGUCUGUUUUACCUUUGUUUGUUUUCAUGGUUUUAUAUGAGAUCAAAAUCUCCGAAGUAAUGGAUGAUGUAUCAAAGUUUCUACUACCACCUUCCUUUCCGUACACCUACCAUUUUACUGGGGAAAGGUCAUCAUCAUUAACUGUCAAGGAGAUUACAAAAGAAGGUAUCUACAAGAAUGUUAUCCUUAAAGGUGCUUUUAUUACCUUGUUUUGGGUUCAACUACUCUCAAUUUGUACAUUUGCUGGUUUAUUUUGGACAGUUUUAAGCCACCAUUUUAUCAUGCAAUACCUUUUCUUAAGGGAAGAUUUCGUGAAAAUCCUGUCAAUAGGGUUUCAUGCACUGAUUUUUUAUGGUAUCCUUUACAAGUAUCUAGAAUGGAUUGUUUUGUGGAACAUGGCUAUGGUGAUUUCUAUGUUGCAAAUCGAAGCCAGCCUCUAUGCAUUAGAGUUAUCAGCUUACUAUGGAAAACAUUGUAAGCGAACCGGGUUCAAAUUGAUGCUUAUGGUGUUGUCAUACAGUUUUGUUCUGAGGCUGCCCUUUUUACUUGCAAGAAUGUGUAACUAUGUGAUUGUUGUUACAGUUGCUGUCACUGUAAUUGGUUUUGGGUUGGUUUUCUUUGGGAGCUUGGUGAAGUGGGUUGCUCUUGUGGCGUACUUUUAUGAUUGUAAGGCUCAAGUAUCGUCGAAGAAGGCUCAAGAGGAGGUGCACAAAGCUGUGGAAGCUGAUGAUCUUUGUUAGGAGAUAUA